AUGGAGUCCUACCCACGCCCAGACUUCCACCGCAACCCCACCUGGGAAACUCUAGAUGGACCCUGGUCCAUCCUCUUCGACGACAAAGAUGAAGGCCUCUCGGCCCAAUGGCAAAAAGCAACCCUCCCAACAGAAACACCAACCCAGAAGAAACGUCCAAUAACAGUCCCCUACGCGUUCCAAACCCCAGCAUCAGGCAUAAACAUCCACGAAGUCCACGAAGUACUGUGGUACGAGCGACUCAUAACCGAUAUACGAACAGAGUCCGAGAAAACUAAGAACAACAGACUCCUUGUUCGCUUCGGUGCUGUCGAUUACGAAUGUACCAUCUGGGUCGAUGGGAAUUAUGUAGGGUCCCAUCGAGGCGGACACGUCCCCUUUGACGUGGAUGUAACAGAUGCGUUCACGGCGGCAUCUACGGAGGCAAGACUUACAUUACGUAUCCGUGACUCCGCAACAGAUCUAGCCCAGCCACGCGGAAAACAAUUCUGGGGCCCUGUUCCUGAGAGUAUCUUUUAUACGCCUACUAGUGGGAUCUGGCUUUCUGUUUGGAUGGAGAGUGUGCCGAAGAUGAGGCUGUGUGAUGGGAGUGGAGGGACGGUGCUACGAUCCGACGAUAUCGAUGCUGGACGGAUUCGAGCUCAUGUGUCUAUUGCGGGACGAUCGUCGGCUAAAGAGCAGGGAAGACCGAGUGUCGAGAUUGAGGUUUCGAUUGCCGGUAUGGCCGUUAGUACGACUCGAGCGGAUGUCCAUGCCAACCGGGAUUGGGCCGAAUUGGAGGCUAGCGUGAGUGUUUCCGAGAAGGAUAUUUCCGCGCUGAAAAAACGAAAGGAGUUGGAGCAUAUCAAUGUCGAGGGGGCCUGGCAUGAUGGCGUUGCGCUCUGGGCACCCGAGCAUCCAAUUCUAUAUGAUCUAGCCAUCCGGCUCUACGAUUCCUCAGGUGCCCUUGUCGAUGAGGUUCAAACCACGACUGGUAUGCGCAGUUUAUCCUGGACAACCGGUGACGGAACUUUCCGAUUGAACGGUCGUCCAUACUUCCAGAUGCUCUUCCUUGAUCAAGGAUACUGGCCCGAAACAGGACUUACGCCACCGUCAUCCGAGGCUCUGCGGACGGAUAUCGAGAUGGCCAAGGCACUCGGCUUUAAUGGGUGCCGGAAGCAUCAAAAAGUCGAGGAUGCGAGAUUCCAGUACUGGGCUGAUCGGCUCGGUUGGCUUGUCUGGGGUGAAAUGGCGAAUGCAUAUGAGUUCGGACCUGAUUACGUUGAGCGGAUGGAUGCUGAAUGGGCAGCGGCCGUGAGAAGGGAUAUCAAUCAUCCUUGUAUUGUGACAUGGACACCUGUGAACGAGAGUUGGGCGUAUACGGAUUUGAAGGGGAGCAUUGAGCAGAGGAAUCAUUUGCGGUCACUUUACUAUUUGACCAAAUCCAUCGACCCAAGCAGACCUAUAAACGACAACUGCGGCUGGGAACACGUCCUGACAGAUCUAACAACCUACCACGACUACGCCGACUCAACCGAACUAACAUCCACAUGCUCAAAGAUGGAAGGUGGAAUCCUGGCACCAAAAGGUGGACAUGACAUGUUCACGAAGCCCAUUUACUCAGGUUUCUCAGGACACACUUUACUCGAUCCCGGCGCGCAACACAAAGCAGGUGCACCGGUGAUCUGCACCGAGUUCGGAGGCGUGAACAUCGCGCCAGCCAAAGAUGGACAGAAAGGAGAGCGGGAUUGGGGGUACACGACUGCGGCUAAUGUGGAGGAUUUCUUGAUCAGAUAUGAGAAGUUGGUAAUGGGGGUUGUUAAGGGUGGACAUUCUUGCGGCUUGGUUUAUACGCAAUUGUGUGAUAUUGAGCAAGAGGUUAAUGGUCUUUAUUCCUAUGACCGGAAGGAAAAGGUACCCGUUGCGCGGGUCAAGACUAUUAUGGAUGCUGCGAAGGAUUAUUACUAUGAUCAUGUUGGCGUGCAGACACAUGGAGCUAAGGGGUGGAAAAAGCUUCUUGAGCAAGGAAGACACGUUCUUCAUCGAUAG